GGAUAGAGUGUUACUUCUGAUUAAUUCCUUAUCAAACAUAGCGUUAGUCUUGCAUAUGAUCAGCUUAUUACAGUAACUUUAUAGAGAUUGAAUAAUGUUUUCAGGCAAAAUGGCAUAGUUGCGUUAAAAUAAAAAUCAGCUUCGAACAGUUUCAGAUAAGUAAUAAAUGUUGCUUUUCAAAUGAAAAUACAACAUUAACUUAAUUUCUUCAGUUAGUGACAAAUUUGACGUACAUGGCAGUGUAGUGUGUAUGUUUGUGAGGCUUCUACCUACGUAAGCUGUGCACUUGAAGAGCAGCAGAAAAGACUACGAAAUCAAGUGGCUUUUGUGUGGAGUCAGCAGGGUAUGACUAUGUCCUCUUAGGAGGAGAAAAGUCCAGAACAGAGAGAUGAGUGAGUACACAUAGAGAGCAAGAUACCACAUCGAGAGACAUGCAGUAAGAAAAUUUAUUUUCACAUUUUAUUUCUAUGAGCCUAAUUUCUACUUAUUCAUAAAAUGGUUUGGGUGGUAAAAUAUUCUGUGUUAGAUUUCCCUUGAUGUUAAAUAUAUUAGUUAACAUGUGAUGCAGAAACAGUUAUAGCAUAUAUAUAUAUAUAUAUAACAUUUAUAAUCUAUGAAUUAGGUUGUCUUCUGUCAGUUGUAAAAACAAUAGUAGAAUUGUAGCAAUAAUGGUAAAAUACUGUAUAUAAAUGUAUAUUUCUUUCUUUUUUUACAUAUAAUGUGUCUUUUUUUUGUUUUAGCUCUAUCACAAAGUUGAACUCUACACCCAGGCUGCUACUUUGCUGCAUUUUGCUUUCAUACACAUCUGCAGCUACAACUCCAUCUGAACAAAAACUAAACAAGCCUGAAACUUUGCUAAUAUCCUCAAUACAAGAGAGUCUUCAGAUGGUCAACAGCGCAUUACAUCAGACAGCAAAAGGGUAAACAAGACAUUUUCUUUGGCAGAAAUUGCUAAUUAUGACUGUAUCUUAAAAGAAAGAAAAAAAUAGAUUUACAGUGCCUUUUUUUUCUGAAUAGCAGGAAUCACUCUCAGCCAUCCUACGUGCAGAUGUUUGCUUUCUCCAGGCAAGCAGCAGCAGCAGGAAGUUAUGAAAUAUCAAAUGCGGCAGAGGUCUUUCAAACCACUCUGCUACUUCUGAAGAAAAAGGAAAGUAGGAGGCAGAAAAGAUCUGUCUCUGUUUCGGAGCUUCUGUCCCUGGAGGAAGUGGAGCUAAUAGCAAAUCUAUCCGGGUGUCCUCCACCCCUACAUCCAUCCAGCUGUCCCAUAGGAGGAGAUUCCGAGAAAUACCGCACCAUCUCUGGAGUGUGCAAUAACAGAAAUAAACCUCUUUGGGGAGCAGCCAGCACGGUCUUGGCCAGAUGGCUCCCAGCAGAGUACGAGGAUGGAGAAAGCCAACCAAAAGGCUGGAACAUUGGGCACCAGUACAGCGGCUUCCAUCUCCCCCCUGUUCGUGAAGUCAGCAACAAAAUUAUGCAAAUCUCCAGCCAGUGCCGCUUAGAAGAUGAGGCGUAUUCCCAGAUGCUGGUGGACUGGGGUCAGUAUAUAGACCAUGACAUCUCCUUCACUCCUCAAAGCACAAGCAAAGCCGCCUUUUUGGAGGGACUCAACUGCCUACACAUGUGUGGAAAUUCCAAUCCUUGCUUUCCGAUUCAGAUUCCUCUGCAUGAUAAACUGUUUGGAAGCAAGAGCUGUCUCCCAUUUUUCCGCUCCGCACCAGCCUGCAUAAGUGGCCCGACACACACUCUGCACCCACAACAGAUGCUGCAGAGACAGCAGAUGAAUUCAAUCACUUCCUUCCUCGAUGCAUCUACUGUCUAUGGACACUCUGUAGAAUUACAGAAAAUGCUCAGGAACUUCUCAAGCAGUGAGGGCUUGCUCGCAGUUAACAGUGAACACACUGAUACUGCAGGUCGUGCUUACCUGCCGUUUGUCAAUAACCCCACGUCUGCAUGCUUCCAAGAGCCAGGUACAGGCCCGAGAAAACGCCUGGAGUGUUUUCUCGCUGGAGAUAGCAGGGUGAACGAGAUUCUGCCUCUGAUUGCUCUUCACACGCUCUGGGUGAGGGAGCACAAUCGCAUUGCCACACGACUGAAACAACUGAACAGCCACUGGAGCUCCCAGAUGAUCUAUCAGGAGAGCCGGAAAAUUGUCGGAGCUUUGCAUCAGAUAAUCACCAUGAGGGAUUAUAUUCCAAAAAUCAUAGGAGAAGAAGCAUUUGAUCAAAUCAUUGGACCUUAUGAGGGUUAUGAUGAUACUAUAAAUCCUUCUGUCUCGAAUGUAUUUGCCACCGCCGCAUUCCGCUUCGGUCAUGCCACCAUCUCGACACACAUCAGGAGACUGAACGAGAGCUUCCAGGAGCAUGAACACUUUCCUUCCUUAAAACUGCAUCAAACGUUCUUCAGUCCAUGGAGGAUAAUCAGAGAAGGAGGAUUGGAUCCAAUAUUGCGAGGUCUCAUAAGCCAACCAGCUGCCAGACAAAACCAACAUCAUCUGAUGAAUGAGGAGCUGAUGGAGAAACUCAUGGUGCUCACUAUUCCAGAGGCACUUGAUCUGGCAGCUCUAAACCUCCAAAGAGGACGAGAUCAUGGCCUGCCAGGUUACAAUGACUGGAGGGUGUUUUGUGGAUAUAACAGAGUGCAAAGCAAAGAAGAUCUGACGGAUGUGAUACAUGACAGGGCUUUGGUGGAAAAGAUAAUGGAUCUGUAUGGGCAUCCUGAUAAUAUUGAUGUGUGGCUGGCAGGUCUGGUAGAGGAUACAGUGCCUGGCACUAGGACAGGACCUCUAUUCGCAUGCUUGAUCGGAAAACAGAUGAAGAUGCUCAGAGAAGGUGACAGAUUCUGGUGGGAAAAGCCGGGUGUGUUUUCCCAGCAGCAGAGACAAGAGCUACAGAGACACUCACUGUCUCGAGUCUUAUGUGACAACAGUGGGCUGACAGAGGUUCCCACUGAUCCCUUCAGUGUAGGAAUGUACCCUGAACACUUUCUGUCAUGCACCAGUAUACCUUCAAUGGACCUGGAUGCAUGGAAGGAGGACUCUGAAAAAGGUAGUAGAAGUUAACUAAGAAAUUAAAUAGUACUAUAAAUAGAAAAAAAAAUACUAUCUAUACUAGAUGGAUAACAUUAACAAGCUACUGGACACUGUUAAACAUAAAAAUAAAUCUAGCUAAGACAAAGACACUAUUGAACGCUAUUACAAACUCUAUAAAUGAGGAGAUAAAAACCAGGUAGGAGCUUUUUUUUUUCAACACAAGGUCAAAAUGAACAGAAGGAUUCAAGCUUACACUCCCCUCUUUUAGAUAUCUUGAUGCAGGGCUAUAGGUACAGCUAAGAGGGAUAAUGUUAUAAAACUAAGUAAUUGAAAACUAAGUGGUUGAAGUAAUCACUUGUAUUUUCAGUGUAUAUCUAGUGUAUGAAUUUGGUUGAAGUUUAAAAAAUUAUUUUAUGUUGAUUUACCCUUUCUUACUUUCCCCGAGCCUUAAUGAAUGACAUAACCUUCUCAGCUACAACUUUGUCAUCAGACUCAAGUAGGAGAUAUGCGUAGCUUUAGUGUGUAUGAUGAUAUAUAUAUAUUUAUGUAUAUUUCUACAUUGCUAAACUGGGUGUUUAUGUAAUUCCCCAAAUUACUCCACAUUAACAUGGAAGAAUUAAGGAAGAUGCGAAAACGUCCCUUUUUUCCCCAGAUUGAAGGUGGGAAUUACAUUUGUUUCCAUAUGACAUGAAUAGAACAUAUAUGAUUGGUCCAGGCAGUUGUGUUCUCAUAUUGUUGGCUAAUGCAGAGUAGAGUAAUCAAGUGUCAUGUUGACCACACUGUCUUUGCUCAUCUCUAUUUUCAUACUAUUUUCACAGUUGACUUCAAGCACAUGUUAUCAUGUUAUGUUAAAACAUUAUGACACAAUAAA